AUGGGACGGCUGAGAUUGAUUAGAGCAGAUAUCCCCCGAUUCCAUCACCCCUCCGGAAAAAUAGUGGCGGGAUUAGAGCAGUUAUCUCUUUAUGACGGGAUGAAGAAUCUACUACUUCUUGCCUCGAGUGAUGCGGAGUUAUCCGUUCGUUACCAUAAACUUUCAAACAAAAAACCUAAGGAACUCCACUUUCCCAAUACUGUACGCUCUCGCCAUUUUUUCCCUAGUUUUAGCUGCAACGCCUUUUUCUUGGCGCAUUCAUCUGAAUACGCUGUUCUGUGGAAUCCAACAACAGACAAGCUCAAGUUUCUUCCUGAAUCCUCACUCCAUCGCCCUCCUCGGACAAGAAGCACUUCCUUUUCUUAUGGUUUUGGGUUCGAUCAUCACCACUACGACUACAAGGUUAUUAGAUUUGUCAAGUGUAUGUGUAUUGACGAUAAUACUGAAAAUAAUAUUCUAGUUGAGCUGUACUCACUUAAAAGUGAUUCCUGGAAAGAAGUCAUGUAUCCCCAUUUCCCUACGGCUCCGGGAAAUCAUGAAUUUCUCUAUACUGCUCCGGGAAAUAAAGGGGUUCACAUAAAUGGCAUCUUUUAUUGGCUUUCCGAGGAUGGAUUUAUCCUGUCCUUUGACUUCACUACUGAGGAGUUCCCUUCCACACCUCUUAUUCCCCUGCCCCAAACUUAUCUUCUUAAUUGCUGCAAUAAUAACGUCCUUCUUGCCGAGUUUAAUGGGCAGCUCGCCGCUAUUGUCCACAGUCGUUUGGAUUUGAGUUUCGAUUCUUUCUUUUUUCAUAUUUGGGUAUGGAAUCAAGAAUCUUCUUCAUGGUCUAGAGUGCUGUCGAAGGUCCCUUGUGUCAGUUGCGUUUCGUAUUGUAAAGUGUUGGGCUUCUUCAACAAUGUCGAACUAUAUCUUCAAUCCACGGAUGGUGAAGUGGUGUGUGUGGAUUGUGCAACAGGGAAGAUCAAGUUACUUGGUCCCUUUGUUGAUACAUGGAGAGCUUACCUUUUUCCUUAUGUCGAGAGUAGGCAGCCAAUCCAAGUGUAA